AUGAGCGACGCAAAGGCACAAAACCCCAUGCGGGAGCUCAAAAUCCAGAAGCUCGUCCUCAACAUCUGUGUUGGCGAGUCCGGCGACAGGUUGACCCGUGCUGCAAAGGUGCUCGAGCAGCUCUCUGGUCAGACACCCGUCUACUCAAAGGCGCGAUACACAGUCCGAACAUUCGGCAUCCGUCGUAACGAGAAGAUCUCAGUGCACGUAACGAUCCGUGGUCCCAAGGCGGAGGAGAUUCUUGAGCGUGGCCUCAAGGUUAAGGAGUACGAGCUCAAGAAGUCCAACUUCUCCCAGACCGGCAACUUCGGUUUCGGUAUCCAGGAGCACAUCGACCUGAACAUCAAGUACGACCCGAGCAUCGGUAUCUACGGAAUGGACUUCUACUGUUGCAUGGGCCGCCCAGGCAGCCGUGUGGCCAUCAAGAAGCAGAAGGGCGGCAAGAUUGGCGCCUCACACAAGGUCACCGCCUCAGACUCUAUCCGUUGGUUCAAGACCAAGUAUGAUGGUGUUGUCUUGGCCAAGUAG